AUGAACUACGUGAUACUCUCGCUGCUGUUCUGUCUAUCCGUAGUAGAGGCAUUCAAUCUACCUGGGUUAGGUCCGGUGACCUACCAAAAGGGCGAUGACAUUCCAUUAUUAGUAAACCACUUAACUCCAUCCAUGCAUUUCCAUCACAAGAAUGAAGAAGGAAAGGAUAUUUCAACGGCUAAGAAAUAUGUGGUUCAUUCCUAUGAUUACUAUUAUGAGAAAUUUCACUUUUGUCAGCCUGUCCAUAUUGAGAAGGCCGGAUCCUCCAUCGGUUCUAUCCUGUUUGGUGAUAGAAUAUAUAAUUCACCUUUCCAAUUAAACAUGCUGGAAAAUAAAACUUGUGUACCCCUUUGUGAAAGUAUAAUUCCUGGGAAGGAUGCUGAAUUUAUAAACAAAUUGAUUAAGAACGGCUAUUACCAAAAUUGGUUUAUCGAUGGACUACCUGCCGCAAGAGAAGUUUAUGAUAAAAGAACCAAAUCAAGUUUUUAUGGGAAUGGUUUUGAAUUGGGGUUAGUCGAAAUUAGACAAACCACUGGUGACAAAUUAUUGCCAGAUUCUGUUCAUGAUAUAAGCGAUUUGGCUAAGAGAGAUGCUAAGAAUCUCGUUCAGAAUUUGAUUAAGGAAGUUGAAGUUCCUUAUUUUGUUAAUCAUUUUGAUAUUGUUAUAGAAUACCAUGAGCGUGGAAAUGGUAAUUAUCGUGUGGUUGGUGCUACUGUGAACCCGGUUUCUAUCGCACGUAAAUCAGCUGGGGACUGUACCCCAACAGGGAAGUCCCUAACGUUGAAUGAAGAGGAGGAUAACAAUGUCCAUUCUACUUAUUCUGUUACAUUUGUCCCCUCAAAAACUUCUUGGGUGACAAGAUGGGAUAAAUACCUGCACGUUUAUGAUCCAAAGAUUCAAUGGUUUUCAUUGAUUAAUUUCUCUCUGAUUGUCAUUCUUCUUUCAGUCAUUUUAAUUAAUUCUUUAUUAAAGGCUUUGAAGAGUGAUUUUGCACGUUAUAACAACAUAAACCUUGACGACGACGUAAAGGAGGAAAGUGGUUGGAAAUUAGUUCAUGGAUAUGUAUUUCGUAUCCCAAAAAACCCAAUGAUAUUAUCAAUACUAGUCGGAUCUGGUUUCCAAUUAUUCCUAGUGAUUGUGUGUACUGUUUUCCUAGCAGCCAUUGAUAUAUUAUCACCAAUCUACAGGGGUGCGUUACCAACAGCAAUGAUCAUAUUAUACAUACUAUUUGGUUUCAUUAGUUCUUAUGUUUCCAUGGGGGUAUAUAAAUUUUUCAAAGGUCCUUAUUGGAAAGUGAACAUGUUGUUAACACCUAUAUUAGUACCAGGUCUCAUUAUUAUUACCUUUUUAGCACUGAACCUAUUUUUGAUGUUCUCAGAAUCAUCUAGUGUUGUCCCAGCAAAGACAAUCAUGACAUUGAUUCUUUUAUGGUUUGCCGUUUCUAUUCCAUUAUCAGUUGCAGGUUCUCUUAUGGCACAAAAGAAAUGCCAUUGGGAUGAACAUCCAACCGUUACAAACCAAAUAGCUAAAGUCAUUCCACCACAGAAAUGGUAUUUGAAAACAAUUCCAGCCUCUCUCAUCGGAGGUUUGUUUUCAUUCGGUUCCAUUUCAGUACAAUUGUAUUUCAUUUACACAAGUUUGUGGUUCAAUAACAUCUUUUACAUGUAUGGAUUUCUAUUGUUUUCGAUCUGUUUAUUCACCAUGACCAUCACUCUAGUCACUAUACUAUUCACAUACCACUCUUUAUGUCAGGAAAAUUGGAAAUGGCAGUGGAGAGGCUUCUUUAUUGGUGGGUUAGGUUGCUCCAUCUAUGUUCUACUCCAUUCAUUAUUCUUUAUAGAAUUGAAAUUAGGUGGCUUUACUAAUAUUCUUCUCUAUAUGGGUUAUUCAUCGGUGGUAACUGCCUUGAUCUUCCUUGUAACGGGAUCGGUUGGUUUCUUAAGUAGCAUGUUCUUCAUCAAAAGAAUAUUCUCAUCAGUGAAAGUGGAUUAG